GUGUGUUUAAGCCCCGCCCCCAGCAGAUACACGACCUUGGAGACGUGCAAUAAUAUUCACACUCGUCUCACACACCUGAGAGCAUCAUCCACCUGUGGACAGGAUUAACGGAAAUCUGCCAAAAUGUGCUGUAAGGGUUUUCUCAAAAUCAUGAUGUUUGUCUUCAAUGGCAUCAUCUUUCUGGCAGGGGCGGCCAUACUGGCGGUGGGCAUCUGGGUGGCGGUGGACAGAGUCUCUCUUCUGGGGUUUCUAGACCACAUUGAAGACGCGCCGGCCGAACUGGCGCAGCUGGCAAACAUCGGAUACCUGCUGAUCGGAGUGGGAGCGUUCCUGACGCUCAUGGGUUUUCUGGGAUGCUGUGGAGCCAUGAAGGAAAGCAAAUGCAUGUUGCUCUCGUUCUUCAUCAUCGUGCUCAUCAUCUUCCUCGUGGAGGUGGCGGCGGGGGUCGUGCUCAUCGUCUUCGAGCCUUUGUUUGAGAAAUUUCUGGAUGAGAUUGGACAGAAAGUUGCUACAAGCAUUGAGGACAACUAUGGAAAGGAUGACGGUUUCACUUCAGUCUGGAAUAGCACUAUGAAUGAGCUGAAAUGCUGUGGAUAUAACAACUACACCGACUUCACGGACUCUCCGUUCGUAUCUACAACAUCAUCAUAUCCUGACACGUGUUGCACAAACAGUCCAAUCUGUAAUGAAAAUGCAGCAGAAAGAGAACCUGUCGUGGGCUGUUUAAAGGCAUUAGAGCAGUUCUUCAAGGAUAACGCAGUUCUGCUGGCUGGCGUGGCUCUGGGAAUCGCAGCUUUAGAGAUUGCAGCGAUGGUCGUUUCCAUGAUCCUCUAUAAGAAUGUAGGAAAAUGAGACCAGGACUGACUACAGACACUUCUGUUUACAUCAUUGUGUACUGUAACAUUUUAAUAUUCGAUAUGUUAACUGAAGUUAUGUAAAUACUUGACUAUCUGCUCCAGUUUAAAUGACAUUUGCACUAAGAUCUUUGAUAUUUUGUGUUCUUUUUUAAAUGCAUUUUU